GAUGCUUAUGAGAAGGCUGCUGGUUGGAUCUUCUGGACCUGGAAGACUGGUACGUCAUUAUAAGAAAUUUGGAUUUCUUAAUACUGGACUAAUAUUUUCACAGAGGGUGCACCCGGAUGGGACAUGAAGGAUCUCCUCCAGAACGGAGUCUUCCCCAACCCUGUCACCAACAGAAACCACCCUGGCCAAUGCAACUAAGCGCGCGGAUGAGGAUGCACCUACUCCCCGGUCCGACUCAGGACACUUGACCGGUUGACCAUCGACUCGAUAUACCCAUAUUCCAUAUUUAUACACACCUACACCCACCUGGAAAGCCAUUUCCAGCUUGGCUUUCACUCGCUUACGAAUCACGAUUAUACGCUAUCACAAUUAUGUUACAACACUCCUCGAUUGUUAGAAGAACGACAUGUAAAUUGACGACCUCAUGGCAAUGCAUCGCAUACCCAUUUGCAGGUACCUGCUUGACAUUCAGCCUGGAGCUUUUGUCAAGUAUAGGGCUCAUGAAGCCUGGUCGGGAAUUCCGAUCAGCGAGCGUUUUGAAGAUUUUCUAUAUUUUCUUUUGAUCGACAUGAGAGCGUUGGAAGGAUGAGAGACAUUAACAACAACAGAGCAAGAAGCAUGAUGAAUCUAACUUAUAUGUAUCUCUGUACUGCUAUAUGAUCUGCUUGUCUACCUUGAAGAGUAAUCUCCGUCCAUGACCGUGAUGUGUGAUCGUGUUUUGCUGCAGAUGCAUGUUGGAUUGCCCAAUUUCCUGUGCAUGGCGGCUGUCAAAUCGGCUGCAGAUUUCUAUAUUGGUCGCUUGCGGGUCAUGGUCGAAUCCUUCGCAUGCACGCGGGUUCCAGCUCUGAGGCAGUGAAGGCAGAAGUCCAGCGCGUAGAGUGCAAGAGAGUGAGUUUCUGUGGGUGAUGAAGGCGGCAGCGAGUCGAGAAACUCAAGGCUUCGACGGCUGGAGAUUGCGCCGAGCCUUGACUUGGCCGAAAGGG